UGAUCACUACCGACACGCUAAUGGCUAUUGGAGAUAGAGCUAUGUUCAUUGUUUUGCUUCUAUUCAUUGCUUCGAUCUCUGGAUUCUCUUUUGUUCGUUGUGUUACUGAUCCAUCUGAUGUUCAAGCCCUUCAAGUUUUGUAUACUUCACUAAAUAGUCCUUCACAGUUAACCAAUUGGAAAAAUGGUGGUGGUGAUCCAUGUGGAGAGUCAUGGAAAGGGAUUACUUGUGAGGGCUCAGCGGUUGUCUCUAUAGAUAUAUCGGAUUUAGGAGUCUCUGGCACUCUUGGAUACUUGCUCUCAGACUUAAUGUCACUCAGAAAAUUGGAUGUUAGUGGUAACAGCAUCCAUGAUACACUUCCAUAUCAGUUGCCACCGAAUCUCACAAGCCUAAAUCUUGCGAGAAACAACCUAAGUGGUAACCUUCCAUACUCCAUAUCCGCCAUGGGUUCUCUUUCGUAUUUGAAUGUAAGUGGAAAUUCACUAACAAUGUCGAUAGGAGAUAUCUUUGCUGAUCAUAAGUCACUGUCAACCUUGGACCUUUCUCAUAACAACUUCAGUGGCGAUCUUCCGAGUUCCUUAAGCACAGUGUCCACGCUUUCCGUUCUUUAUGUUCAGAACAAUCAGUUGACAGGUUCCAUCGAUGUUCUCUCGGGUUUGCCUUUGAAAACUUUAAAUGUUGCAAACAAUCAUUUCAGUGGAUCCAUACCUAAGGAGCUUAGCUCUAUUCAGACCUUAAUAUAUGAUGGUAAUUCCUUCGAUAACGUCCCUGCCACUCCUCAGCCAGAAAGACCUGGCAAAAAAGGAGAACCUUCUGGUUCUAAGAAACCCAAAAUUGGUUCUGAAAAGAAAUCUGCAGACUCUGGCAAGGGUUUGUCUGGUGGAGUAGUCACUGGUAUAGUGUUCGGUUCUCUAUUUGUUGCUGGUAUUAUAGCACUUGUUCUUUACUUGUGCCUUCACAAGAAAAAAAGGAAAGUUAGAGGAAGUACAAGAGCUUCCCAAAGAAGUCUUCCACUUAGUGGAACACCUGAGAUGCAAGAGCAGAGGGUAAAAAGCGUAGCAUCCGUUGCAGACUUGAAGUCUUCACCUGCAGAAAAAGUAACGGUUGAUCGGGUUAUGAAGAACGGGUCUAUAAGUAGAAUAAGAUCUCCAAUCACUGCUUCACAAUACACUGUUUCCUCUCUGCAAGUUGCAACAAACAGCUUUAGUCAAGAAAACAUCAUCGGUGAAGGUUCUCUAGGCCGUGUCUAUAGAGCAGAGUUCCCCAAUGGAAAGAUAAUGGCGAUUAAGAAGAUUGAUAAUGCAGCACUUUCAUUACAAGAAGAAGAUAAUUUCUUAGAAGCCGUCUCAAACAUGUCGCGCUUGAGGCAUCCAAACAUUGUUCCCUUGGCUGGAUACUGCACUGAGCAUGGUCAACGUCUUCUAGUGUAUGAAUAUGUGGGAAAUGGGAAUCUAGAUGAUAUGCUUCACACGAAUGAUGAUAGAAGCAUGAAUCUUACUUGGAAUGCGCGUGUUAAAGUGGCACUUGGAACUGCCAAGGCUUUAGAGUACUUGCACGAAGUGUGCUUGCCUUCAAUUGUACAUAGAAACUUCAAAUCGGCGAAUAUAUUGCUAGAUGAAGAACUUAAUCCUCACUUAUCAGACAGUGGUUUAGCUGCUUUGACACCUAACACUGAGAGACAGGUUUCAACUCAAGUGGUAGGUUCAUUUGGAUACAGCGCUCCAGAGUUUGCAUUGUCGGGAAUUUAUACUGUGAAAAGUGAUGUAUACACUUUUGGAGUAGUCAUGCUUGAGCUCUUAACUGGUCGGAAGCCUCUUGACAGCUCGAGGACGAGAGCAGAGCAAUCACUAGUGAGAUGGGCUACACCGCAGCUUCACGAUAUAGAUGCUUUGUCUAAAAUGGUUGAUCCUUCUCUUAAUGGCAUGUAUCCAGCUAAGUCACUGUCUCGUUUUGCGGAUAUCAUUGCUCUCUGUAUUCAGCCGGAACCAGAGUUCAGGCCUCCAAUGUCAGAGGUGGUGCAACAGCUAGUGAGAUUAGUUCAAAGGGCAAGUGUUGUCAAACGACGAUCUAGUGAUGACACUGGAUUUUCUUACAGGACACCUGAACACGAGCACAUCGAUAUCUCAUACUGAGUAAAUGAUCCAAAACUACUCCAAGCUCGAGUCUUUUCUGUCAUUCAAAGCUAAAAUGCAGCUUGAAACUCAAAAGGAAGAGAGAGUUUUGCUCAAUGCAUAAGAGAAUCUGAUCCAAAAGAUGCUACAGAGAAGUAAAGAAGCAUCUUGGCUCAGACUACAAAAAGUAAGAAAUUUUAUGUUUGUGU